CCCCGACUUACCAAGGUACUAUACAAACCCCCUUCCCCAUUUUUCUUCACUGCUCUCUCUCUCUCUCUCUUUCUCUCUCUCAGAUCGACGUUUCGGAACGAGAACCUCUUAAUCUUAUUGGGCAAGAGCUAGAAGAAAGGAUGUUUAGUUCGACUAACCCUUUUGGGCAGUCAUCUAGUAGCCCAUUUGGGUCUCCAUCAGUCUUUGGACAGACCAACAAUGCAAGUAACAAUCCUUUUGCUCCAAAGCCCUUUGGUAGUUCUACCCCUUUUGGUUCACAAACUGGGGGUUCUUUAUUCGGGGGUACUUCAACUGGAGUGUUUGGUGCAGCCCCAUCUUCUUCACCUUUCUCUUCCACCACGACCUUCGGUGCUUCAUCGUCUCCGGCUUUUGGAAGCACAGUGCCUGCUUUUGGAGCAUCUACUCCUGCAUUUGGUAGUUCAUCAUCAUCAUUUGGUGGAUCUUCCGUCUUUGGUCAGAAGCCUUCUUUUGGGGGCUUUGGGUCCUCUCCUACUCAAACAAGUCCCUUUGGAAGCACAAAUCAACAAUCACAGCCGGCAUUUGGGAGUAGCAUAUUUGGUGCCUCCACACCAUUUGGUGCAACAAGUCAGUCUGCAUUUGGUGCAAGUAGCACCCCAGCUUUUGGUGCUACAAGCACCCCCGCAUUUGGUUCUACGAACAGCACGCCCGCAUUUGGUGCUACCAGCACGCCCACAUUUGGUGCUACCAGCACGCCCGCAUUUGGUGCUACCAGCACACCCGCAUUUGGAGCUACCAGCACCCCUGCCUUUGGUUCAACCGCAAGUCCUGCAUUUGGGAAUACUGGGACGUCAUUUGGUGUGUCAAAUGCUCCUGUAUUUGGAUCUGGCGGAGCAUUUGGAGCUUCAAGCAGCCCUAUAUUUGGUACUUCAACUGCUCCAGCAUUUGGUACAUCAAGCACUUCUGCAUUUGGUUCUUCAAGUACUUCUGCAUUCGGUGCCGGAAGUACUCCUGCUUUUGGGGCUUCUAGUACACCGUCCUUCAGCUUUGGGUCCUCUCCAGCUUUUGGCCAAUCAGCUUCUACAUUUGGUAGCAGCCCAUUUGGUACCACUGCUCCUUUUGCAGCCCAGAGUUCUCAAUUUGGUGCCCAGUCUACAACACCAGCAUUUGGCAGCACUGGCUUUGGGCAGUCACCUUUUGGGAGUCAACGUGGGGGAAGCAGAGUAGCUGCCUUCACACCAACAACUGAAGCAGAUGGUGGGAAGUUAGAGUCAAUAUCUGCCAUGCCUGUCUACAAAGAUAAAAGCCAUGAGGAGCUGAGAUGGGAGGACUAUCAAAUAGGUGAUAAAGGUGGACCACUUCCUGCUGGUCAGCCUGCUGGUGGGAUUGGCUUUAGUUCGUCUCCUGCAAAUUCAAAUCCUCUUGCUCCUUCCCCAACAUUUACUCAAUCGGCUGCGAGUCCUUUCUCUACCUCAGUGCCUUCUAACCCAUUUGCUCCAAAAACUCCCAGCAUUGGUGGUUUAAAUUUUGGAUCCUCAAGUACUCCUGCAUUCAAUUCUUCACCUUUCGGUGCAUCAACUUCAUCUGGCCUUUUUGGAUCAACAUCUUUACCAACAUCAUCUACAUUUGGUGUUGGUUCAUCUCCAUCUAUUUUUGGUUCAUCGCCUCUCUUCAGUUCUUCUCAAGCAACAAAUGCAGGAUUUGGUAGUAACACUCAGUCAUCCCCAUUAUUCCAAUCUAAUGCACCUUCAAUUGGGCAGGCAGGCUCUGCUUUUGGUCAGACUACUACUUCCUUUGGGCAGAAUCCAAGUUCACCCUUUGGUCAAGGAAUACUUGGUGCUUCUACUACCCCUGGAUUUGGGGUAAACACUUUUUCGAGCACUUCAUCACUUAUUAGUUCAAGCAACGCAUUAGGUUUCGGUCAAUCAAAUCCUUCUUUUUCAAUACCUUUUCAACCAUCACAACCUGCUCAGACAACUACUGCUUUUGGCCUUGGCAGUUUUGGUGCAACACAACCAGCUGGUGGAAGUCCCUUUGGUGGAAUGCCAGGCAUUUUGGGUCAGAGUAACAUCGGACAAUUGUCUGCUCCUCAGAGCUCUGCUGUUGUACAACCAGUACCUGCUACAAAUCCAUUUGGAACACUCCCGGCAAUGCCUCAAAUGUCAAUUGGUCGAGUUGGAACUGCACCUUCAAUUCAAUAUGGAAUCUCUACAUUGCCUGUUGUUGAUAAACCUGCACCUGUUAGAAUAUCAUCCUUAUUGACUUCUCGACACCUGUCACAAAGGCGGAUUAGGUUGCCUGCAAGGAAAUAUCAUACUAAGAAUGAUGGUCCGAAGGUUCCAUUUUUUAGUGACGAUGAAGAGCCGAGCACACCAAAGGCAGAUGCUCUUUUUAUUCCUAGGGAAAACCCUAGAUCACUGGUCAUUCGUCCUGCAGAGCAGUGGCCUAUGAGAGCUAGUGCUGAGAAAGCAUCUGCAUCGAAGGAUCUAUCUAGUCCAGUGCAUGAGAAUGGGAAAAUUUCUCAAGAAGCUCAAGGUGGCUCCAACUCUGAAGAUAAAGAUAAAAAUCCAGUGGAAAAUGGUUUUGCCAAGGAAGGUGUUCAUAUUCUCAAAGGCAACCAUAAACCAAAUGGAGUUCAUGAAGAGCAUUCUGUUCAGAAAGGGGAUUCUUAUAUGACACUCAGUGGACACAGAGCCGGUGAGGCUGCCAUAGUUUAUGAGCAUGGGGCUGACAUUGAGGCACUGAUGCCAAAGCUGCGACGUUCAGAUUACUACACGGAGCCUCGAAUCCAAGAACUUGCAGCUAAAGAAAGGGCUGAGCCAGGGUUCUGCCGCCAUGUGAAGGACUUUGUGGUUGGACGUCAUGGUUUCGGCAGCAUAAAAUUCUUGGGUGAGACAGAUGUGCGGCGGCUUGAUCUUGAGGCUCUUGUUCAGUUUAACAAUCGUGAGGUGAUCGUGUACAUGGAUGACAGCAAGAAACCUCCUGUUGGACAAGGUCUAAAUAAGCCAGCCGAGGUAACGCUUCUCAACAUAAAAUGCUUUGACAAGAAGACUGGAAAGCAGUAUACAGAAGGGCCCAAAAUUGAAAAAUACAAGGAGAUGCUCAAGAGGAAGGCGGAGGACCAAGGUGCCGAGUUUGUGUCUUACGACCCCAUUAAAGGAGAGUGGAAGUUCAGAGUCAAUCACUUCUGAGUACGAGCUGGGAGCUGAAGAUGAUUGGGACGUGUGCUGCUCCAAUUCGCAUACAAGCGAGUGCCAACAGUAAUGUAUUACAUAUCUGAUAUUGGGAGAUGAUGUGUGUCAUGCAUUAUGGGUUUUGUCCUCGAUGACGAUUGAUUUUUUUUUUUUUUUUUUUUGUAUAGAAUUUACCAAGUUGUGGUAUAUGAAUUUUAGCCGUGCCAGACUGCCAGUGUGUUGUUCGGCCUCUUUUUGUUUUGUGGAUUUACAGUGUGGUGUAAUCUUUCGGCCAGGCUCGAAUAGAGAAUGCGCUUCGUUUACAUGUUCAAUCAAUGUGAUCUAUUCUUUUCA